ACAAUGAUGAUGUCACUGAUUCUACUGCUGGCCACCCUGGGGCUCCUUGUUCAGGGUUCAUCAGGACAAAUCAUCCUGACUCAGUCUCCUGGAUCUCAGUCUGCUGUUGCAGGACAGACUGUCUCUCUCAGAUGUAAAACCAGUACAGGUGUUUAUAGUUCUGGUUACAGCUGGCUCAGCUGGUACCUUCAGAAACCUGGAGAAGCUCCUAAACUCCUGAUUUAUUAUGCUACAACCCGUCAGUCUGGAGUUCCAGAUCGUUUUAGUGGAAGUGGAUCUGGGACUGACUUCACUCUGACCAUCAGUGGAGUUCAGGCUGAAGAUUCAGGAGUUUACUACUGUCAGCAAUAUCAAAGCUAUCCACUCACACAGAACAUGACUUUGGUCUCCGUCCUCAUCUGGACUCUCCUCUGCUGCUGCUUCACAGAGUCCAGAGGCCAGAUCACAGUGACUCAGCCUGGAGCAGUGAGCUCUGCUCUGGUAGCCUCCGUCUCCAUCAGCUGUAGGGUCAGUCAGCAGGUUGAGAGCUGUAGCAGUGCUUACUGUUUACACUGGUACCAACAGAAAGAUGGAGAAACUACUAAACUACUCAUUCGCAACACCAACGAGAGAAUGUCAGGGAUUCCAGGUCGUUUUAGUGGAAGUGGAUCUGGGACUGACUUCACUCUGACCAUCAGUGGAGUUCAGGCUGAAGAUGCAGCAGUUUACUACUGUCAGAGUUAUCAUUGGAUCAACAGUCAGCUUGUGUUCACACAGUGAAAAAGCGUCGUACAAAAACCUCCCUCAGUCAGACUGAACAGAAACUGAACUGACUGCUGCAGCUGGAAGCUACUGCAGAGACUGAUACAGUUCACUGAGGACACACACACACACACACACACACACACACACACGUUAAAAGCACAAGAAUAUCCAACAUGUCAGCUUCAUUGAUGUCGACCAACAAACCACAGCUGACUGAAAACAGCAAGCAGAGGAUCAAACUCAGAUGAUGUCUCUUACUUUUCAAUUCAGUGUAUUAAUUAAUUUGGUUUUAAUCCCUUUUAUCUAACACAGUCCACUCAGCAUAUAUACAUUUUUCAAAAGGUGGUUCCCCUGUGCUCCUGCAAACAUCACCCUGACCUCCAUCAGACACAGUAUACAAAGCUGAGACAGGAGACAGAGAUCGACAUCAUGGAGCUGGAAGAAAAUUACAAAUUCACAGAACUGAAAACAUAAUAAUAUAUGCAUAUGUUGAUCAAUGUGGUUGCACCAUGAGUCCAAAAACCAGAUAAGUUCUUUGUAGGGGUUGGUGUGUUUUCGAUGAUGCAUGAGGCGGUUUGAAGCACAACUUGAGGGAUCUUCAGAAGAAGUUUCAAAAGCUGUCUGACCAAACAAUGCUGAAUGUUUUGGGGAUGGAAUGCACCAUGUGAAGUGAGGUUUGGACAGUGGACAUCAUGUGGUGCAUGAGGUCAGUGAACCGCUUGACAUUUAGCACAGAGAUUUCAAGUUGUUCUAAAUAUAAUAAAUUCUGUUUUGUCUUUCA